AUGCAAGGAUCUGUGUUUGGUGGAGAUGCAGAUAUCCUGACCUACACAUCAUAUGAGGGAGGAAGUGUGAACAUCAGAUGCCCAUAUGAUGCUGGAUACAAAGACAACACAAAAUACUUCUGCAGAGGAGAAUGUUACACAGGAAAUAAAGAUAUACCCAUUGAGUUUGGAGUGACACCAAAAGAUCAGAGAUUCUCUUUAAAUGAUAACAAAAGAGCCAACAUUUUGACUAUUACUAUCACAGAUCUACAAGAAGCGGAUGAAGGACAAGACUGGUGUGCUGUAGAAAGACGAUUGCCUCAGAUAGAUGUCUACAGUGAGGUCUUGUUAUCUGUCAGACAUGUUUCACAUGUGUCUCAUCUAAAAGGAGAUCAGCUAUCUGUUCAAUGCCAUUAUGAUGGUGGUGUCAUCAAUAAUGACAAAUUCUUUUGCAAAGGAGAAGAUUUGUCUCUCUGUGAAACAUCUGGUGUCAAAGUUUUAGAAGGGAAAAAUACAAACGGUAGAUUCUCUCUGAAUGAUGACACAUCUGCAGGUGUUUUUAAUGUGACCAUCACUGAUCUGACAGAAGAGGAUUCUGAGAUCUACUGGUGUGGAAAUGUACAGAAAGGAUCUCAACCAGCACAUGAGAAGUGGAUUUCAGCAAUCAAUCUGACGAUAUUUGAAGCUCCAGUCACAUCAGAGAGGACAUUACAUACACCAACAACCGCUUCAUUUCACACCACCAAACCAGCAUCUACUCAUUCUUCAUCCAGACCGACCACAUCAUCAUCAUCACCUUCAUCUUCACUGAGCUCAUUGUCUUCAAAACCACAGUCAAGUUUAAUGUGGAUCGUGAUUCUGUUGUUUAUUGCGAUGCUGAUGUUGUGUGGAUUCCUCUUGUUUAUUUACUUCAGGCGGAGUAAAACAAACAAAGGAUUGCAGCUCAGUGGUGUCACUCGUGGCUCAGAUGGGAAUCUGAACAAUGUACAGUUAAGAGAAACCAGAGUCUCUGUCUGUGAUCAUGAGGAAAUUCAGCUCACAAAUGAUCAUUCUGAUUUUAGUUUGGCCUCUCCUGUAUCUGAUGAAGAUGAUGCUUCUGUUACUGUAGCACAAUAUAUCUUCUGUGAUGAUCUCAACUAUUCCAACAUCAGAUUUACAGACCAUUCAGACAAAACUUUUCCUGAUGGACAAAUAUAUAUAAGUGAUUAUGCAACUGUUAUUUUCUACAAGAUUGUGGGCAUCCAUAAGGAAGCCAACAGAUCAACCACAUUCAGUUUUAAAUCUCAAAAGUAACUCCUCAGGUCUCCUCUCUGUAUUCUGAUUUACAUGCUACUGUACAAUCUGGCUUUUUGUUUUCUGAUUAUAUUUGGAUAUUUUGAACAAGAGCGUGGUAUACAUUUCAAGUUAGCAUUGAUUUAACAUCUGUUGAGUUAAAGAAGCAAAUACAAUUGUCAUAAUUUUUGAAUAUGUAUUUAAUUCUCUUUAUUACAUGGCUCUCUGGAAUGCUUGAUUCUGAUUGGUCAGUUGAGACAUUUGCAGGUUCGUUCUUUUCAAAUAAUAACCGCUCCAAAGUAAUAACGCAUAGCCGGUACUACUUGUACGAUUAAAAUCGCUCCGCGCCAAUAAAGAUCAAUAAAGAUUACUGUUUGGCGCAAUCUUGUGACAAACACUGGACAACCACAAUUAGAAUGGAACAUUUUGUCAUUAAUUUUAACAUGCACGGAAAAAACAAAACAUUUAAACAGUGGAUAGAAGAACGAACAAUGACAAGACACAGAGAGUUUACUGAGACUGAACUUGACAAAAUAGAGCAUGACAGCUACGAAGCCAACACACAAAAAAAUACAGAAUGGGCAUUAAACUUCUCAAAGACUGGCUAAAAGAGAAAAAAUGGAGACAGACAAGUAUGAAGCAGAGGAUCUUAAUAAGGUAUUACGAUCAUUUUAUGCAUCUGUGCAAAGUUUCGCGGAAGGAUAAAAAUGUUAAUUUAAAACAAAUAUGCCAAUAAAAUGUUUCAAAUUCAUAUUCAUGUGCAGUUUUUUUUCUUAUGUGGCAAGUAGCCGUGUAAUAAGCGGGAUAAUGUAGAGG